AUGGCCCUUCUUUACAGAAUUGAAAGCCCACGCCCAAACAGCCUGAACCCUGCAUUAGACAGCACCCCAGCCGUGGCGUCAAGAACCUCUGUGCCCCCUCCUGCUGCCACUGUGCAUACUGCUGCUGCACAGAACCACGAGAAUGGCACACAGGUGCACUACCCCUGGCACGAUACCGGCGAGCAGCUUGACUCUAGUCAUACAAGCGCCGAGAGCCUGCGUGUCCAGUACAUACAAGAGAACCCGUUUCAGAACCCGGGCCCUGCCACCAACCAAGCCACUGUUGAUCCGGAGCCUUCCAUGCGCACUCCUCCACAGACGCCAGCCGCAGGGGCAAACAAGUUUCCCGCCUCGAAUGGACUUCAUAAUCUCUCCGAUUCUACUAAUACAGAAAAAUGGGGCAUUUCGCAGAGCACUUCACUGAAGACUGCUUCCAAAAAGACUUCUUUGCAGCGGGCUUCUUCCCAAAACGGUGGAACACAGCUCCAGAACUGGCUGUGUGAGUUUUCGACUCCCUGCCUCAUGACCCCAUCGCCAGAUGGGAUGCACUUCCGCAAAGUGGUCUCGCAUGUCUUCGGCCGCAACAAGGCCUCAACCAAGCUCUUUCCACCCAGCGUGUGGGUGCACUACUGCCGGAAGCACUACCAGCGUGCCAGAUACAGGGCUGAUCAGUGGCCGUUCACGCAGUGCGAGCUGCUCGUCGAAUCACUCAACCGGAUGAUGAAGUGGGGAGGGGUGGAGAGCUUCGAGUUGAUUCUUCGGCGCCGUGAGAUGUUGCGGGUGGACAACGGGGACGAAAGCUCUGACAAUGCCGGAGCGUCCAAGUCUUCAAAGAAGGCCCCGAGGGGGCGCAAGAACCCCACGGCGAUCAUAGCGCCAGUGCCAGACUGGCUUCGCUCGCACGUAGGGCGAGGCAAGACCUUUGAGGACAUUCGCCAGAUCGUCUCCCGAAUCCGCCAGCAUCUGCUGAAGGUUCGUGACGCUGAGCGUGCCCAGAGCGUCCGGCAUUCGACUAACGGCCCAGCAACCGCCAUGACUGGCACUGCCAAUUCGAACAACAACGGCACCAGCAGCCACCGUCGCCAGCAGGCCAGUCGCGUUCGGUUCCCGGACAUCGAAGUUCUGCCAACCUUCCGGCCUUGGGUCCUCGAUGCAGCGCUCCAGGGGAAGGGCAGCUCCGAGCACCCAAGUGAGCACGAAGGCGCAAACGGACAUGUCCGGGGGGAAACCAACCGGCUGGGUCAUGGCGAUGGCACCGAUGCUCCGACUGCCCACGAUGGAGGAGCCAUGGUCGCUGGACCAGACCUUGCGGAUCCUCCAGAAUCUCAGAAUAGGACCUCUCGGAGGCUGUUGUUGCGAAUCUCGGAGCGCGGGUCUGUCAAGAAACCCAGAGACCGUGGGGACUUCUGA